GGCGCACAAUUUCAAAAUGGACACUACCGCAAUGUUUUGGAGGGGAACAUAAUCCGCCCUGCUCACUGAAAUAACUGCUUUAGCGAAUGUCGAAGAUUAAAUUUGCAGACGCCUACACGCGUCUUGAAAGACGAAAACAGGAACAAUGAGUGGCUUAAAUGGCGACUGCAUUAAGAAUUAUAAUGUCUUCCAAUUGCUUGGUAAAGGCGCCUUUGGAUCCGUCUACCGAGCAAAAUCCAUCAAGAGUGGUGUGGAGUAUGCGAUCAAAAUGAUUAACAAGGAGUCACUGCGAGAAAACGUCAAGCGUGUGAAAAAUGAGGUGGAGAUUCACCGCCGUUUAAAGAAUCCUUCCAUACUUCAGCUGUACUCCUACUUUGAAGACAAUAACCAUGUCUACUUGGUGUUGGAGAUGUGUCACAACGGAGCGAUGGCCCACUACAUGAAAGGCAGCAAGAGGCGUUUUUCUGAGACGGAAGCGAGACACUUCAUGCAUCAACUAGUGAAUGGGAUGCUGUACUUACACUCUCACGGUAUCUUGCAUCGAGACCUCUCCUUGUCCAACUUGUUGCUGACCAAAGACAUGGACAUUAAGAUCGCAGACUUUGGCCUGGCCACUCAGCUCAAACUCCCUGAUGAGAAGCACUUGACCAUGUGUGGGACGCCAAACUACGUCUCCCCUCAGGUGGCCACACGCAGCGCUUACGGCCUGGAGACUGACGUUUGGUCUCUGGGCUGCAUGUUCUAUGCCUUCCUCAUGGGCCGCCCCCCAUUUGACAGUGACACGGUCCCACACACGUUCUCCAAAGUAGCCCUUGUGGAAUAUGAAAUUCCCACUCAUGUUUCUUUUGAGGCUCGGGAUCUGAUCCGUCAGCUGCUGCAAAAAGAUCCCUCUCGUCGGCCCAGCCUGUCUGCGGUGCUGGAUCACCCGUUUAUGACCCAGAGCUUGCUGGGCAGGACCAAGAAGCUGGGCCUGGUCGAUGAUUGCACCAUGGAUAGUGGCGUUGCUACUUUCUCCACUGCCUGUACCUCCUCCACGUCCGGCAGCAGUGGCAGUCGCCAUCAGAGAACGAGGCACGUCAUUAGUGCAGCCCUGCCCAACCAAAUUUCUGCGAUCCCGAGAUUUCCACUCCAGCAAAGCAAGGCUGGUUUUGAGGAUGGAGACCAGUGGCAGCAGUGGCCUCAACAGGACAGAUUUCACAAUGAAGAUAGGGGCAGGGUGCGCCGUGGAGGUGAAAGUAGUCCGUCUCACUUACACUACCUACGGAGGGCCCACUCCUCGGAUCGCUCCAGCCCCUCAGGACCGCUCCAAGGACCUGGUCUGGCCGAGCAGGGCAGAUGUCACUCAAAAGAAUCACUGACAGGCAAAGGAAGACUGGUCUUCCCUUAUUCCUCCACUCCUCAUCCAUUCUCAGAGAGCGGCCGGAUACCUUCACCUCCCGUCAAGCAGUCUGCAGACUCUGCGUACGUGUUGUCCACACAGACAGCACAUCUACCAAGCCUUCAUAAUCAGGACAUGGGGGGAGUUACUAACUGGCCAAAUAAUGAUGGUUGUACCCACAGACCUGCAGCUCACUUUCAGCCUCCUCGCUGCUUCUCGUCCUCAUCAUCAUCAUCACAGCUCCCCUCAGCUAAAGCCAGCAUGGACAAGGAGAAGAAGACUCUGAGAGAUCUGGUCCUGCCUCUGUGUACCUCCAGGCUGAAGCCUAUCAGACUGCAGACUAAACAUAAUGCCAUUGUGAGCAUCUUGGACAAAGGCGAGGUUUCCAUAGAGCUCUUGUUCCAAAAUAGACGGGACAGGGUUAAAGAAGUCAUUUCGAUUUCUUCUGAUGGCUCAACUGUGACAGUUUACCAGCCCAAUGGAGGGAAAGGGCUGGGAGGGAAAGGGCCUCCGCCCCCCCCAAAAGAUACUUUUGUUUUCAGCUAUGAUGAGCUUCCAGAAAAAUACUGGAAGAAGUACCAGUAUGCCUCCAAGUUCGUUCAGAUGGUGAAGUCCAAGACCCCCAAGGUGAUCCACUACACCACGUACGGCAAGGUCAUGUUGAUGGAGAACUCUCCCAACGCUGAUCUGGAGGUCAACUUCUAUGAUGGAGCGAAGACCCAAAAGACAUCUGAGAUGAUUCGAGUUGUGGAGAAGAGCGGGAAGUCAUGCACUGUGAAGGGCGAGGCAGGGCUUAGCGCUCUGGGCCCUGAUAGCCGCAACUAUGUGGAGCUGUCUAAUAAAGGACACAGCAUAUGUCUCUCCUUGGAGGCCGCCAUCAAACUGGAGGAGGAGCGGAGCUCCGAGAAGUUGACUCUCUUCCCCAUCACCAUCGGAAGGAGGCCUGUCAACUCAACAACGUCAUCGUCGUCAUCAUUGCUUCCCUUCCAGCCGAUUGCUCCUGAUCCACCUUCACCUCCUCAACCUCCUGAGAUCACUCCUUCAAUGAUCUCCUACAACGCCUACGACUUCACCUCGGCCAGCCUGAGUCAGAAAAGCUUUCCCGCACACGUCCAGCAGAACACAGGCAAUGUGGUCUUGUCCACUUUUGUGCAGGAUAUUGGCUGGGCCUCACAGCUGACAAGCGGUGAAGUGUGGGUGCAGUUCAACGACGGCUCUCAGCUGGUGGUUCAGCACCAAGUGUCCUGCUUCAUCUACACGUCUCCUGAGGGAUGCGUCACCAGGUACAAACAGACCGGGAAUUGUCCGGAACACGUCAGGGAGAAGCUAAGCUGUCUCUCCACCAUCAUCGAACAUCUGGCCAAACAUGCAUCACUUCAACCACGUUAGCAUUUAAAAAAACCUACUUUGUCUGUGUUUCUCUACUUUUUUACUUGUACAGAAGAUUAUGAAAAUAUUUAAUUUUUUAUGAGGGAAUCAUUGUUAUUGUGUUGGCCUCUUCAGAAAUGCUCCGCCGUAAUAAUGGAAUGUGCUUAUUCAUCAUGCUGGGGACCAAUAAAUGUCUGGAGAAUGAAAGCUA